AUGCCUGGCCCAAUUAGGACUGCAUUGAAGGUCGAUCUCGACAAGCCUGCGAAAGACCAACCAUAUUUACAUAACAGAUGGCAUCCUGACGUGCCCUUUUGUGGAACCAUCAAAAACGGCGAGACAGUCAAGAUCGAAUGUUUGGACUGGACUGGUGGACAGAUCAAGAACACCGACGAUGCCGAUGAUGUUGUGAACGUCGACCUAACUCAGGUCCAUUACCUUUCUGGCCCAUUCGAGAUCGAGACCGCAGAGCCUGGAGACGUUCUUCUCGUGGAAAUUCAAGACGUGCAGCCCUUCCAGGACCAUCCGUGGGGAUUCACUGGCGUCUUCCACAAGGACAACGGCGGUGGGUUUUUGGAUGAGAUCUAUCCCGAGGCUGCUAAAGCUAUCUGGGACUUCGAGGGCAUCUUCUGUUCCUCGCGACACAUCCCCGGCGUCCGCUUUGCGGGCCUUAUCCAUCCCGGUAUCCUAGGCUGCGCGCCAUCCCACGAGAUUCUCACAGAGUGGAACAAGCGCGAAGCCGAGCUCAUCUCGACGACAUCCCUCACGCGUGUGGUGGCACAGCCUCCUGAACCCAGGAGCGUGCACGCCGGCACGGCCGACGAAGAGACGAAAGCCCGAGUUGGCAAAGAGGGUGCCAGGACGAUCCCAGGACGUCCCGAGCACGGCGGGAACUGUGAUAUCAAGAAUCUUUCGCGGGGAAGUAAAGUGUAUUUACCCGUGCACGUCAAGGGUGCUAAAUUCUCCGUGGGAGACUUGCACUUCUCCCAGGGCGACGGUGAAAUUUCGUUCUGCGGUGCCAUUGAAAUUGCCGGCAUCAUCACCAUCAAGUUCGACGUGAUCAAGGACGGCCAGCGCAAGCUGGGCAUGGUCGGCGGGAAGUCUCCAAUUUACAUUCCUGGGCCCGUGCAGCCACAGUUCGGGCCCGGCCGCAUGAUCUAUUUCGAGGGCUUCAGUGUCGACGAGCAUGGCAAACAGCAUUACAUGGAUGCCACCGUCGCAUACCGUCAAUCCUGUCUGCGGGUGAUCGAGUACCUCAAGCGAUACGGGUACAGCGACUACCAGAUCUACUUGAUGCUGAGCUGUAUUCCGAUCGAAGGGCAUGUGGCAGGGAUCGUGGACAUUCCCAAUGCCUGCACGACAAUCGGGUUGCCCAUGGACGUCUUCAACUUCGACAUCUCGCCAGGCGCCGAGGCCGUCAAGAUGGACCUGGGGAAGUGCGCCAUGGCCACCAAGUGA